AUGGAGGCAGACUAUGGCUCCGGCCACGCGGCGCCUGGCAAUACGAACCGCUGGAACUACCACCCCGCCAACGCGCACCACAUCAACAUACACAACGUACGCAACCGUUCCGCGACCGUCGACCCUCCCAAGGCUCACGAGUUCUGGACUCUCAAGCCCGGUGAGAAGAAAGUCGAGCAUGAGCCUGAUACUCGUACUGCCAAUACCGAGAUCUUCACUCUACGCGCGGAAGAUCAUACCAUGGGCAACCUAAUUCGCGACUCUCUCCUUGCUAUGCCGGAGGUCACCUUCGCUGCCUACAAAUGCCCUCAUCCUCUUGACAACCGUGUCAUUAUCCGAGUUCAGGUCGACCCCAAGUCAGACAUGCGUCCUGUCGAUGCCUUCAAGGUCGCCUGCGAAGAAGCCAUCAAGAAUCUUGAGAUCUUCUUGCGCCGUUUCAAGACCUCGUACGACCUGACUCGCAUGUCUCAGGAGAACCAAGGUCAGGGCAAUGCUUGA